CAUUGUUUUGUUUAUGUGCAGAUUCUGUUAAAUUUUGUGAGAAUUUUCUUUUUUUUUCUUGAAUAAAUCAGCCAAAGAAGUCUACAAAAAUGGAUGAUCGCUCUGAGAACGACAUGGACGACCAAACCAACCGAGCUCCGUUCGCAUCAAGUCCCGCUCAUGACGAGGAUCUUCCUCCGUUCCAAGAUGAAAGUGAAGCGGACGCGUUGCUAGGCAACAUCGGAGAGGUGGAGGAGGGGGAGGGAGAGGAGUUGUUCGGAGACAGGAUGGAGAGAGAUUACCGUGCGAUUCCAGAGCUUGACGUUUACGAUGCGAAUGUAAUGGACGAUGACGAAUAUGAUGCGUUGUCUCCAUCAGCGAGAGCGGAGGUCGACCGUUUAUUGAAGAAGAGGGAUCGGGAAGAAGCUUUAGGAAAGGGAAGGAUAAGACCAGGAUUGCUUUAUGAGAGCGACGAGGAAGAUGGGGAGCGACCGAGUAGAAGACGAAGAAUGGCUGAAAGAGCUGCUGAGGGCGGGGAAGAAGAUGAGAUGAUUGAGAGUAUUGAAAACCUUGAAGAUACAAAAGGACAUUCGGUAGAUGAGUGGGUGGUAAUGCAAGCACCAAGGCUGGAGAUUUAUAACAGGUUUAAAAACUUCUUACGGACAACUGUCAACUCUAAAGGGAACAAUAUUUUCAAAGAGAAAAUUCAGCAGAUGGUAGAAGAAAACAAAGAAAGCCUCAUUGUCGAUUAUAACCUGCUCGCCAGUUCGCAUGAGGUACUCGCUUUUUUCCUACCUGAAGCUCCAACUGAGAUGUUACAGAUUUUCGACGAAGCUGCAAAAAAUGUUGUUUUGUCUAUGUUUCCUAAGUACGAAAAUAUUGCAAAGGAAAUUCACGUCAGGAUUUCCGAACUUCCCCUUAUUGAGGAUAUUCGCUCACUCAGGCAACUCCAUUUAAACCAACUGAUUCGAACAAGCGGUGUAGUGAACAGUUGUACAACCAUCUUACCCCAACUGCGUCUCGUAAAAUACGAUUGUCCGAAAUGCAACUACAUUCUUGGACCUUAUUUUCAAAAUCAAAACCAAGAAGUUAAGCCCGGAGCUUGCCCUGAGUGCCAAAGCUACGGCCCUUUUGAGAUAAAUAUGGAGCAUACAGUGUACCAGAACUACCAGCGUAUUUCCAUACAAGAAAGUCCGGGAAAAAUAGCAGCAGGCAGAUUACCGCGUUCAAAAGAUGCGAUUUUACUCGCUGAUUUGGUUGACACAUGUCAUCCUGGAGACGAAGUGGAAAUCACUGGCAUUUAUACCAACAACUACAGUGGAUCUUUAAACACAAAGAACGGGUUCCCCGUCUUUUCCACGGUUAUCAUGGCAAACUACGUUGAAAGAAAUGAUGAUAAACUUGCCGCAUCUGCGCUUACUGACGAAGAUGUUAGAACAGUCGUUGCUUUAUCAAAAGAUGAACGUAUCGGAGAAAGAAUUAUACAGAGCAUAGCCCCUUCUAUAUAUGGAUACGAAUACAUCAAGUGUGCUAUAGCUCUUGCUAUGUUUGGGGGAGUGGCAAAGAACCCCGGUGGAAAGCAUAAGAUCCGCGGUGACAUUAACAUCCUGGUGUGUGGAGACCCUGGUACCGCCAAGUCUCAGUUCCUAAAGUAUGUCGAAAAAACAGCGAACCGUGCCGUUUUUAGCACAGGACAAGGAGCUUCUGCUGUUGGUUUAACUGCAUAUGUACAACGUCAUCCAGUAACUAAAGAAUGGACAUUAGAGGCCGGAGCUCUUGUGCUGGCUGAUAAAGGGGUCUGUUUAAUUGAUGAAUUUGACAAGAUGAAUGAUGCUGAUAGGACAAGCAUACACGAAGCUAUGGAACAGCAAAGUAUUUCAAUAUCAAAAGCUGGAAUCAUUACUUCGCUACAAGCUCGUUGUUGCGUAAUAGCUGCAGCAAAUCCAAUAGGUGGUCGAUAUGACCCUUCGUUGACCUUUGCUGACAAUGUUGACCUUUCUGAACCAAUCUUGUCUCGAUUUGAUGUCUUGUGUGUUGUUAAGGACCAGGUUGACACGUUACGGGAUGAACUUCUUGCGCGUUUUGUCGUUCGUAGUCAUCGAAAACACCAUCCUUCUGCUGCUGGUGUAGAUGGGGAACCAUUACCUGAACUUAACCUUUCAAAUAUUGAGAAAAUACCUCAGGAGCUGCUGAAGAAAUACAUCAUCUACGCUAAAGAAAAAGUUGACCCAAAACUUCAUCAAGUGGACCAAGAUAAAAUCGCAAAAAUGUACUCGGAACUAAGACGAGAAUCCAUGGCAACUGGAAGUAUUCCGAUCACUGUUCGGCACAUAGAGUCCAUUAUACGGCUAGCGGAAGCGCACGCAAGAAUGCAUCUUCGUUCGCAUGUUAAUUCGGAAGAUGUAAAUACCGCGAUCAGAAUAACUUUGGAAAGUUUCGUAGAAACGCAAAAGUUCAGUAUCAUGAGAAGCAUGAAAAGGACAUUUUCGCGAUUUCUCAACUACAAAAAAGGAAACAACGAACUUCUUCUUUGUAUUUUGCGACAAUUGGUUUCUGAUCAAAGACGAUUCCAGAAAAAUCGUUUUGGCGAGGUACAAGAUUAUGCCCUUAUUCCCGAAAAGGAAUUAUCGGAAAAGGCAAAGGCAAUUAAUAUUCACAACCUCAGUGAAUUCUAUCAAAGCCAGCCUUUUAAAAGCAACAGAUUUUCAUUUGAUGCCAAAAAGAAAGUUAUAACACAGAUGAUAUAAUUAACAUGUGCCAGAAAUUUUGUUUUUUUGUACAUUUAGUUUUUGAACAACUCAUUGGGGUUUAACUGUUACCAAUUUCCAAAUGUUUUUGGUAUAAAAUUGAUAAAACCACUGCCUUUUGUGUAAAAAAACAUAUCUUUUGUUAUAAUAAUAAUGUUCCUAACUAAGAUUGUUGUAUCGUGUUUAUGUCCACCUACUGUUCUUUACUAAUACAUUUGUACAUAUUUGUUUA